AUGAGCGACGAACAACAUACCACCGGUGCCAUGCCGGACACCAACAUCGCAGCCCCUCACGUUGACCAAAGCCACGAGGUGGUGCUGCAGUCCUCCGACUCGACCCUUCACUCAAGCUCCGUCUCUGCGGAGGGCGACAUCGAGAAGACCUCCGAGAACCUCCACGACAAAGAGCUCGAGCAAGAUGGUUACGAUAUCGAGGCCGCUCCGCAACCACACUCGGAGAAAGCCAACGAACCCUCGAAAGACCCGAACCUGGUGGAAUGGGAUGGUCCAGAUGACCCGGAAAACCCCCUCAACAUGCCCUAUAUGAGGAAAUGGAUUUCCACCAUGGCCUUCGCUUUCAUGACGAUGUGGGUUACGUUCGCCAGCAGUGUCUUCUCGACGGCGACGGCCGUGACGGCGGAAGAAUUCGAUGUCUCGGAGGAGGUCAUGAUCCUGGGAACCAGUCUGGUGGUGUUUGGCUUCGCAGUCGGCCCACUGGCAUGGUCGCCUCUCUCGGAGCUGUAUGGGCGCAAGAUCCCCCUGUUCUCCGGGUACCUUCUCUUCGCCAUCUUCCAGAUCCCCGUCGCACUCGCAAAGAACGUAGAGACUAUCUUGAUCUGCCGCUUCCUGGUCGGUCUCUUCGGCUGCUCCCCCCUCGCGACCGUCGGCGGCGCGCUGGCCGACUAUUGGGAUCCCGUUGACCGUGCGGUCGCCAUUGCAAUGUUUGCCAGUGCGACCUUCGUGGGUCCUGUGCUUGGUCCUAUCAUCGGCGGCUUCCUCACAGACUCAUACCUUGGUUGGCGGUGGACGGCGUGGAUCACCCUGAUUGCCUCUGCGGCAUUUGGCCUGCUCGCCUUCAUCGUCGUGCCGGAGACCUACGCGCCCGUCCUCCUCCAACGACGCGCCGCCCGUCUCCGCAAAGAGACCGGGAACCCAGACCUAUACGCCCUUCUGGACCGAAGCCGACCCACGAUGGGCGACAUCGUCAGCAAAUACCUCCUACGCCCAGUCAAGAUGCUCUUCCUCGAGCCCAUCCUCCUCCUCGUCACCCUGUACCUGUCCCUCGUCUACGGAAUCCUAUACCUCUUCUUCGAAGCAUACCCGAUCUCCUUCGAAGGCCAACGCGGCUGGACGAACGCCGGUCUCGCCGGCCUCCCCUUCCUCGGCAUCACCAUCGGGGUCAUCUGCGGCGCGGCGCUCAUCAUCUGGCAAACGAAGACGCGGUUCGCUCGCAAAUUGGCCAAACACGGCCGGGUCGUGCCUGAGGAACGGCUCAUCCCGAUGAUGAUCGCGUCGGUGCUCCUCCCCGCCGGCCUGUUCUGGUUCGGCUGGACCUCCGACCCCAGCAUCUCGUGGGGCGCGCAGGUCGUCGCCGGUAUCCCCAUGGGCAUGGGCAUUCUGGUCAUCUUCAUGCAGGGCCUCAACUACAUCAUCGACGUCUAUCUGAUGUUCGCCAACUCCGCUAUCGCCGCUAACACCCUCAUCCGGAGUAGUCUGGGCGGCGCGUUUCCGCUCUUCGCCACCCAGAUGUAUGAUAAGUUGGGUGUUGAUUGGGCGUCCAGUCUUCUGGGGUUCAUUACCAUCGCGAUGAUUCCCAUCCCCGUGCUUUUCUUUUUCUAUGGAAAGAGGUUGAGGGCGAUGAGUAAGUUUAGCCCCAAGUUGUGA